AUGAUGCACUGGUUAGGAAAAGUGACAAGGUCAAAUGAACAGUUCCUCUUAGAUUUUGAGCAGCUACAGAUCCAAUUUCCUGACCAGGUGCAGCUGCAUGCUGUGACAAAAUUUGCUUUAAUGUCUCUAGUUAUCCAGUGUUGUAUUCAUGCACUUCGGGCUAAGUUCCUUCUCUUUGCUUUACUUUCUUCUUCAGAGAUGUCUCUUGGCCAAGGGAGUCAAACACUAGCAGCUGUCACUUCCACAACUUCUUCACAGUCGGGAAUCUUGCCAUCCUCAGUUGUGGUUCCUAAUACCUCUAAUUUUCAGUCAUCAAAUCCUGCAUCUCCUUUCCCUUCUGUUCAUGGUAUUGGAUCCCCUGCUCAGUUAGCAGAUGAACCUUCAUCGUGUGCCACAUUAUCACCCACGAAACAUUUGGAGACAAGGCCUUGUUUACACUGA